AUGGAGCUGAGGAGAGGAAAGACUUUCAUUAAAUCUAGCGUGCAGAUUUCCCACGAGAAACUCAUAGACUCGCCAGCCAAGGAGGACCCGGACGCUUGGUCACUGUCGCUGGGCGAGCAGCAGCGAACCUAUGGUGAGAAGAGCUCCCAAACAAGUCCCUGUGCCCAAGGGUAUGGCCGGUGCCCUACUAAAGAGGUUCUGUCUGAUCCUGAAGGGGGCCCCGUGCCCCUCUGUGGAACCACCUUCAAGCUGGUGCGGAAGAGUAAGACUCACGACAGCGUUCCAGGGGCUGUGAAGGCGGCGGCCCCCGCAGGGCAAAUGGUAGGUAGCACCAGCUUCCCAGAGAACCCAGGAGGUCAGCGGAUGAUCGACUACCGCCACUUUGUACCCCAGAUGCCUUUCGUGCCAGCAGUGGCUAAGAGCAUCCCAAGAAAAAGGAUUUCUCUGAAAAGGUCCAAGAAGUGCUUUCGAAACCUAUUUCACAUGCGCAGAAGCAAAACUGAGAACUUGGCCGCACUCUCAGCCAAGGGGAAGAACCUCUCACCCCCUGGGGUCCCGGCGCAGCAAGGCACACCCUUCCUCUCCAUGGGUGAGGGGCUGGGGCUGGACAGCCUAUGCCAGGACCUGUCUGACAGUGAGUUUCUACAUGACUCACCCUUUGACCUCUGCAGCGCCCUGUGUGAGGAUGUGGCCUCACUGAAAAGCUUCGAUUCACUUACGGGUUGUGGGGAGAUCUUUGCAGAUGGGAGCUCGGUGCCCUCUGUGGAGCUGAAGGAUGGCCCACAGAGCCCAGCCCAUUCGCCUCAGGCUCUGGACAACAAGACGCCCUGUGGCCCCUCCCAGGGUGGUAUGGAACAGCUGAUGUCACCUGCCCAGAAUGAAGCAUCAGACUUCACCAAGUUCUGGGACAGUGUGAAUUGCUCUGUGCAGCAGCAGCAGCGUGCCCUGAUGGGCCCAUGGUUGAUGAGUCCCCAACGGACAGAAACAGAGCAGCCCAAGCUAGACACAUCUGGGUUAGCUGAACUGCCCCUGUUCCCAUGCAGGGGUCCCCCGAGCGGCUCCAAAGCCAGCUCCAUAGACACAGGUACCCCCAAAAGUGAACAGCCGGAAUCUGUGUCCACAAGCGACGAAGGUUACUACGACUCCUUCUCUCCAGGCCUCGAGGAGGAGAAGAAGGAAGCUGCGACCCCAGGCACGCCUGCAGCCGCUUUCCCCAGGGACAGCUACAGCGGGGACGCCCUCUACGAACUAUUCUAUGACCCCAGCGAGGCCCCUGUUGGGCCAAUCCUGGAUGACGACUGUGUGUCUGAGAGUCUCUCGGGGCCUGCCCUGGGGACCCCGUUGUCUAUGUGCAGCUUCCGCGUGGGAGCCGAGGAGAACCUGGCCCCAGCGCCAGGUCCUGACUUGCUCAGCCAGGGUUUCCUACAGAGUACCUGGAAGGGCAAGGAAUGUUUGCUGAAGCUGUGUGACACAGAACUAGCCAUUACCAUGGGCAUUGUGAACUGGCUGCGCAGAACCCCACCAGCCACUGCCCCCACCCCUGCAUCUACCCCUGCCCCCACUCCCGCCCUCGUCCUUAGGGAGCCCGCUGCCCCACCUGACGCCCGCAGAGUCUUCAGAGGAGCAUCAGUGGGCACGAAAGGCAGGGAAGUCCAGGCCUUAGAUAAGGGUAAGGCCAUGGCAUGCUCUGCACCCAGCAGGAAGGAGUCGUGGGCACAUUCAGGAACCAAAGACUUGCUUGUCAGAGAGCGUGAGGCCCUCGGGGAGCCUGCAGGGAGUAUUAAUACCCCAUCUAAGGACGGCUCUCUAGAGGAAGGAGCACAAGACUUCUCUGAAGGCCAGUCCUCUUCUGAAGCCACUGUGACAAGCAUUUCCAGGAACAGCAAAGCCGCGAACUCCACCACCUGUCUCAGCUCUCCGAAGGAACUUGGGACACCUGCAAACCUGAGGUGUUCUCAAGGCCCCUUAAGACCAGGGCCCGGAGGAAGCACUCGUGAUCCGGGGCCCAUGCUUGUGGGCUGUGUGACCCAUGUGGCAGCCUUGCAAAUCUAUCCAGACAGCCAUUCUCCCAGACAAGAUAAGGGCAAUGGGCUCUUCUGGAAGCCUCAGGCUUGGGGUCCCAACACUGUGCAAAAGAAACCUACAAGCAGCAAACCCAGUGAAGUGGCUGCCUGCGGCCUCUCCUCCUCAGCCAGCCCACAGGACCAGAGAUGCCAUGACCUUUUUCUGGACCUGAAGCAGCUCCAGUUGGAACCCUCCAGGCUAGGUACCCAAGCCUGUUCCUCUGCAGACAGCCAGCCCCAGCAGCUCUGCCCCAGGGCCCCAGAGCAGGCAGCACAUAGGGGUUCAGUGGGGUCUUGA